ACCCCUUCUUUCCAUUCACAACAUCGUCACAUUACACUCUCUCUUUAACAACAUUUCCACACCUCAUACUCUUAUUAUUAUUUGCACCCUCAUUUCACAAUGACUACUAUUUGUGCUGAACAACACCAACAACACAAGUUUCAUUCUUCCUACCAACCUCUCUCUCCCAAAAAAUCCCUUAGAGACAUUGACAUCCCUCCAAGAAAGCUCCUCACCCGCCGCAACACCACCGCUGCCGUCGACAUCUUCUCCGACGACACCAUCCUCCAAAAAUUCCUCCCACACAAUGACUCUGACUCAGACUCCGACGAUCCUUACUCUUCCGACCAUUUUCGCAUGUAUGAAUUCAAAGUCCGCCGCUGCACUCGUAGCCGGAGCCACGACUGGACUGACUGUCCAUUCGCUCACCCCGGUGAGAAAGCUCGCCGCCGUGAUCCACGGCGGUUUCAUUACUCAGGGACAGUUUGCCCUGAGUAUCGCCGCGGUGGCUGUAACCGCGGUGAUACUUGUGAAUUCGCUCAUGGCGUUUUUGAAUGCUGGCUUCAUCCUGCUAGAUACAGAACUGAAGCAUGCAAAGAUGGUAAAAACUGUAAGAGAAAAGUUUGUUUCUUUGCACACACUCCUCGUCAAUUAAGAAUCCUUCCAGUUACAUCAUCUUCAAAUGAACAUUUUUCAUGCAACAAGAAAAAUAACAAGCUUUUGAAUAACCAUGUUGCUUCAAAAUCAAACAAUUGUUGUUUGUUUUGUCACUGUGGUGGUAAUGGUAACGGUAAUGGUAAUGGUGCUAAUAAUUCUCCAACUUCAACACUUUUUGGUAUGUCUCAUUUUUCUUCACCUCCGGCAUCACCACCUAUGUCUCCGAUGAAGCCACGAAACGGUGUUUCAUCGCUUUCACGCUACGGUUCUUCAAUUAAUAGUAACAAUCUUCGUUAUAGAGACAUGCUUAUUGAUCUUUUGGGUUCUUUUGAAGGGAUGAAUUUCAAUGACGGUUCAUCUUCUGCUUCUUCUUCUUCACCUGUUUCUGUUUCUGCUGCUAAAGCACUUCAGAUACAAAACAUGGGUUAUCUUGAAUCUCUUGAUGUUCCAGAGGAACAGAAUCAGCAACAGUUUAUUGUUUCACCUUCUUCUUCAUUUGAUCAUCAACAACAUUUCAAUAUUCUUUCACAAUCCAUUCAUCAGAAUUUGACACCAAGUUUCAAUGAUGUUGACAAUAACAUCAUUAACAACAAUAUGAACAUGUUUUUGGGAAAUAACGACAACCUUAAUAAGGUUGUUGGUGGUGGUGACGUCAAUGGUUUGUCUUGUCCUGCCCCUGAUCUCGGAUGGGUUAAUGAACUGCUGAUGUAGAAGAGUGUUGAAUUUUGAAGAUGGUGCCAAAAUGGUGAUUAUCAGUGGAGUGAAGUGUAAAUAUUGAAGGAUUAAGCUAUAUUACAUAUUUAUCCCUGCAAUUGUCAAGAAGAAAAAUAAGCAUAUUUAUUUAAUCCUGCAGGUUUAUGUUAAUUUUUGUUGUAUUGUUUUCAUUUUUCAAAGUCAGUCAAUAAUUUGCUUUCUGAAUUUGUACUUUGUACUAUGUAACUUAUGCAUUUUGAUUUUAUGUAUAAAAGGGAAUAUUUUGAUCCA